CUUAGCAACAGCACUAGCAGACGCUGCAUUGGUCAGAACUGACUGAAGGAAGCCCUGCAGUUCGUUACAUCUCCUGUCAGUCAAACAGAACGAACCAAGACAUGGUUCCCGGCUCCAGGAUAAACAAGGGCACUGGGCUGGAUAAUCACCCCGCUGUGAGGAUGCUGAGAGGCGCAGCCCUGCUCUGCCUUUCACCGCGGAUCAACUCUGGAUGCCACGCGAGCGCUUUUAUUAAGAUGCAUCAUUUGAUCUCUCUGCACCUGAAUGCGCUUGAUUUCAUUUGAUUUCAAACGGCGUAAAUCUAGAUUAGAAUGAUGAUGCCAAACAUCUCUCAUCUGCUCUGCAGAAUCCGAUUAAAUCACAUUAGAGAGUUGAAUUGACAGAUUAGCGGUAUUAUAAUUGCUUUCAUUGUUUUUAAGAUUAUAAAUUCUCUUUCGAAUAUUGGUGCAUAAUUUAUUGCGCUAGCAAAUUCGAUUCGUCUCGCAGAUAUCGAUCCAGGUGAACCAGCGCCAUGUUGACCAGCAUCAUCGAGAGCAUCUUCUGCUGCCUGAUGGGAAAGACGACCAGCGUUGUGCUGCCGGUCGAAUCAUCGGACGGCAAGCCUGCAGACGGAUUCGAGUUCGUCGAGGUGAAGCCGGGUCGUGUGCUGCGCGUGCGCCACAUCCUCCCUGAACGGCCUGCUACAACAGAAGCGCAGCCAGAAGUGGGCAGCAGCGUCCACUGCAAGCGCAAGAUCACGGUGUACCGCAGCGGCCAGCUGGUGAUCGAGAACCUGGGCGACGUCCUCCACGCCGAGAUCCUGCAGUGCCAGAACGGAGACGUGGAGCAGUGCAGCACAGUGGAGGUGGAGCUGUCCGAUUACACCACCGCACCCUCGUCCCCGGAUCCCAAACCCGCUCCGCCGCUUCCCACCUCAGACCAGCAGAAGCCGGCUCCUCCGCCCAGACGCCGGCGGCGGAGACCCAAGCGCACCGUGCUGAUCGAUACGGAGCGCUGCAUCAGCAGCUGUAAGGGGACACAUCCUGACGUGGCGCUCUUCUUCAUCCACGGUGUGGGCGGCUCACUGGACAUUUGGGGGACUCAGCUGGAUUUCUUUUCACGGCUGGGUUACGAGGUCAUCGCCCCGGAUUUGGCGGGACACGGCGCCAGCACUGCCCCUCAGAUAGCAGCGGCGUACACCUUCUACGCCCUCGCCGAGGACCUGCGCGCCAUAUUUAAGAGAUAUGCCAGAAAACGGAACAUCCUCAUUGGUCACUCCUACGGGGUGUCGUUCUGUACGUUCCUGGCACACGAGUAUCCGGAGCAGGUGCAUAAAGUGGUGAUGAUCAAUGGAGGCGGCCCCACGGCCCUGGAGCCCAGCCUGUGCUCCAUCUUCCAGCUGCCCUCCUGCGUCCUGCACUGUCUGUCUCCCUGCUUGGCCUGGAGCUUCCUCAAAGCUGGUUUCGCCAGACAGGGCGCUAAAGAGAAGCAGCUUCUGAAAGAGGGAAACGCUUUUAACGUGUCUCCGUUCGUUCUGCGAGCGAUGAUGAGCGGUCAGUACUGGCCCGAGGGGGACGAGGUGUACCACGCCGAGCUGACCGUCCCCAUACUGCUGGUGCACGGCAUGCACGACAAGUUUGUGCCGAUUGAUGAGGACCAGCGGAUGGCAGAGAUCCUCUUGUUUGCGUUCCUGAAAGUGAUUGAGGAAGGCAGUCACAUGGUGAUGAUGGAGUGUCCUGAGACGGUCAACACGCUCCUGCACGAGUUCUUCCUCUGGGAACCUGACAAUUCCAAAAAGGACACGGUUACCACGGUAACAGCCGACCAGACCACAGCCGUCCAGAUGCUCGCCGUCAGCACAGGGACGCCCAAGGUCAACAAGCCCCUUAACAAGUAACCUGAUGAUUGACGUUUUCGGGGUAAACCAAUCAGAAGGCUGUUGAUGGCAGGCUGUCAAAACCGUCACCUUGGCUGAGAGCUGGUUUUUGAUCAGGAGGCCCGUGCGGGUGUCCAGACAGGGGUGAGAAAGAUUCACAGGUUUGAAGAGACUCUCUAGCGAUGAGGGAAAAACAGCAGCUGGUUUUAAACCAACUAUGGUGGUUUAUGCCUUUGUUUCUCUCUGCUACCUUUGGACAAUAUCUUUCCUUCUUGUGCCGUCUAAAGAAAAGGACUGGAUGUGCGUCCAGAGGAUGGAAAUCAAGUGUGUCCAAGUCCAGAUGGGACCCAACUACCAGAAAGAGGAGGAGGAUUUGCUGAGGUUGCUUUUAAAAAACCCAAGAGAGUGUUUAAAGUCAACAUGAAACCCAUUUUACUUCCAUAAUAUGACACAUUGGGCGUAGUACAAGUACAAUUAUGAAAAACAGCAGUUGCGUUAAAAAUAAUGAGGACUAAUUAAUUGUGAUUGGAAAAUAACAGGGCUGUUUUCAUGCUGACUUUAAAGGACGUUUGUACAAAAUCUGUGUUCACGUCAUACUAGUACUAACACGUUUAAACGUCUUCCCUCAUAAAUCAAAUCUACUGCUUGGAGUAGAAGAGCGAUUGGAAACAGAUGUAUGAGACACUGUUAAAUCAUCUUAAAAAGAUAACGCAC